AUGGCGAUGCGCGUUGAACGGGCAGUUUUAGCUGAGGACGAUCUUGCCUACUUACUUUGGGGGAAACUUGGUGAUGGUGGUCCGUCACCCGCCGGAGUGAGGUACUCCCGGUACAUGGACUCGGGUACCGGCUCAAGUACCUUUUUUGCACCUCGCACGUACUCUCUCUCAGAGGUUCCCCAUCCCGGGAAAUCUGCCAUGCUCCUUCCUCCUCAUCGACCACAGCACCGACAAUGGCAAGCACCAAGCACAACCGCACCACGAUGCACCAAGCACCAAGCACCGAGACCGACGCCGUACACACAUUGA